AAGUGAAUUGUAGAGUCCACAAAACAAGGCCAACCAGGGCGAGCCACUUAGAGCUUCAAACUCUGAACACAAGCAGAAGCUUUCUCUGUGGACUGCAGAUUUGAUUUCUCUGCCUUCCAUGGCUUUGAUUAGAGCAUCACCACGUCUACAGCUAUUACUACUCAACCUCAUUCUUCUCUUCCUGGCUCAAUCGUUCUCUUCUUCUCGAGGGAAAAAGGAGAGUGGGUUUUAUGAAUUUAAGUACCCAUUUAUAAAGAGAGCAAGCACAUUCUCAACAUCAUCCUCUGCAUCAAACAACGGUAAUGGCGGUGGUGGCGGUGAUGGGACUGGGUUUGACUACAUAGUGGUGGGUGGUGGGACUGCUGGGUGUCCUUUGGCUGCCACUCUGUCUCAAAACUACACCGUUUUGCUGCUUGAAAGAGGGGGUGUCCCUUUCUCCAAUGCCAAUGUGUCCUUCCUAAGGAACUUCCACUUGACUUUGGCCGACAUUUCAUCCUCCUCCGCUUCUCAAUACUUUAUCUCCACUGAUGGUGUCUUCAAUUCAAGGGGUAGGGUUCUUGGUGGUGGCACUUCUAUCAAUGCUGGCUUCUACACUAGAGCUAGCCCAAGGUUCAUAAGAAAGAUGGGUUGGGAUGCAAAGUUAGUGAAUGAGUCAUAUCCAUGGAUUGAAAAGCAAAUUGUUCAUGCACCUAAUCUAAUGCCAUGGCAAAAAGCCUUGAGAGGGGGGCUUUUGGAUGUUGGGGUUUCACCUUAUAAUGGAUACACAUAUGAUCACAUCUAUGGAACCAAAGUUGGUGGCACCAUUUUCGACCGCUUCGGCCGCCGCCACACCGCCGCGGAAUUGCUUGCCUCCGCAAACCCUAAGAAGAUUACUGUCUUAGUUUAUGCCACUGUCCAAAAAGUCCUGUUUGAUACAUCAGGUAAGCGACCGAGGGCGGUGGGGGUGAUCUUCAAGGAUGAGAAAGGGCACAAACACCAAGCAUUUCUUGCAAGCAAUCCGAGGAGUGAAGUUGUUUUGUCAAGUGGAGCACUUGGCACCCCUCAGAUGCUAAUGCUAAGUGGUAUUGGACCCAAAUCGGAACUCGAAAAGCUGAACAUUUCUGUGGUACAUGACAAUCGAUUUGUUGGUGAUGGCAUGGUUGAUAAUCCUAUGAACUCCAUAUUUGUUCCGUCGAAGCGGCCAGUUCGGCAGUCACUGAUACAAACAGUAGGGAUCACCAAAUUGGGUGUUUAUAUUGAAGCUAGCAGUGGAUUUGGACAGUCUACAGAAAGUAUUAAAUGUCACCAUGGAAUUGCCUCUGCAGAGAUUGGGCAGCUCUCUACAAUCCCACCGAAGCAGAGGACACCAGAAGCGAUUCAAGAAUACAUCAGAAGAAAAAGAGACCUACCAUAUGAGGCAUUCAGAGGAGGAUUCAUUCUAGAAAAGAUCGCGACACCAGUCUCUACCGGAUACCUUAAACUUAUCAGCACCAAUGUGGAUGACAAUCCUUCUGUCACAUUCAAUUACUUCGCAGAUCCAUAUGAUCUGAAGCGAUGUGUCGAUGGGGUUAGAAUGGCCGCAAAGAUUGUGCAGUCGCAACACUUCAUAAACUACACUCAAUGUGACAAAGAAACUGUGGACGUGAUCCUAAACAAUAGUGUCAAGGCCAGUGUCAACCUCAUACCUAAACAAAUCAAUGAUACCAAGUCAGUGGAACAAUUUUGCAAAGACACUGUGAUCACAAUUUGGCACUACCAUGGUGGGAGUCAUGUUGGAAAGGUAGUGAGCCCUGAUUACAAGGUUUUUGGUAUCCGAAGGCUUCGAGUCGUGGAUGGCUCGGUGUAUAAUGAAUCUCCAGGGACUAAUCCUCAGGCCACUGUGUUGAUGAUGGGCAGGUACAUGGGAGUGAAGAUUUUGAGAGAAAGACUUGGAAAAGCAGCUGGGGGUUUGAGGGUUAAUUAAGGAGAAAGUAGGAGUACUGUUAGUGAUGCUAAUUGUGAGUAGUGUAAUCUAUAUUUAUAUCUAUAUAUCUAUAUCUCUGUCUCUGUCUCUGUCUCUCUAUAUAUAUAUAGAGUAAUUAUUCUUACCAAGCAGUAAUUUGUAGAAAUGAAGUUGGGUUUGUUUAUGUUCCAUAUCCUGCUUGCUUGUGUGGUAGUUGUGUGUAGCAGCAUAUUUUGAUUGACUUCAGUCUUUUGGUUACUAAAGAGAGGUAGUAAAUGAAAAUAAGCAUUUUUGGUGUGA